UCAGAACAUUACCAGCUGAAUAAUUAUCAAGUUGGUUACAAUUAUGGCAAACCACAUCUGUCGCUUUACUUGUGAAACAAUAAUUUUUCGAGCUAAGAAGAUGAAGAUGGCAUUAUCAAUGUACUGGCCAUCAUGCCGGAGGCACUGUUCCCACGAAGCCUUCGUCAAGGACUACGCGAUCCACCACGUGAAGCUGUCGGGCCUGCAGCGCGCCCUCCUGACCGCGGGAUCCGCGGCCGUCUCCAUCCUCGACCCUUUCCGCGGGGACAUGAUCGCCUGCCUCGGCGAGACCACGGGCGAACGCGCCCUCCGCCACUGCCAGACCAACAUCCUCGCUACCGCCGAGGGUAAGCGGAUAAUAGCCGAGAAGCCGCGUAUCAACACGGGGACCCUCGACCUCGAGUACCUCGGGAGCCUGCCCGAGGACAGCCUCGGCAAGACCUACUGGAAAUUUCUCGAGGCCAAUAAGGUGUCGCCGAACGACAGGUCGCCGGUGCAGUUCGUCGAUAACGUGGAGUUGGCGUACGUGAUGCAGAGAUAUCGAGAGGUGCACGACAUAUUUCACGCGGCGCUGAUGAUGCCGACGACGAUGCUCGGCGAGGUAACCGUCAAGUGGAUCGAGGCGCUCCAGCUGCGACUGCCGAUGUGCAUUGCCGGGGCGAUCUUCGGCUCCGGGAGACUCAAACCCAAGCAACGGCAACUAUACUUGAAGUAUCAUUUGCCCUGGGCUGUGCAGACCGGCAAAAGCGCAAAAUUCCUUCUGGCGGUGUAUUUUGAAGAACGAUGGGAGCAGCCACUGACAGACUUUCAUAAUGAAAUGAAUAUUGUUCGGCUUGUUUAAAAGCUUCGACGAAUAGCCUUCGCAAUCUCAUAUGACAAGUAAAAUAUUUUGUAAUAUAGAAGAAACAUAAAUUUAUUAGUCUGU